AUGGUCCUUACAAAAAUCAACCCAGAGUCAGCUUUUGCAGCAGUAGAUGUAAAUUCAUUGCACAGGAGAAUGGGACACAUUGGAAUGGACCGCUUGCAACAAAUGGUUACAAAAGGACGGCUCCAGAACAUAGACACCCUUACCGGAACCCCAGAGUUCUGUGAACCUUGUGCUUUAGAAAAGAUGAAGAAAUUACCUUUCAAGUCCACUGGAGGAAACCAAGCCAAGAACCCCAUACAAAUUGUGCACACAGAUGUUGGAGGACCAAUCAAACCAACCUCCAGGGAGGGUUUUUGGUACUGA